GGGGGGGGGGUUAAUGUUUUCCUAUUUAUAGGAGAUCAUGAUGGCCCAAAGGACUUUUAGAAUACCUUUGCUGUUCUCCAUUCUGGCUGCAUUCGUCAUCUCUGCCCUAGCUGAGCAACACGUAGCAGAGAGUCAACAUGGAAAUAUUCGCCUGGAUAAGAACUUGGUACAAGAUAAAGACCACAUCAUGGAACAUUUGGAAGGUGUUAUUGAGAAACCAGAAUCUGAGAUGUCUCCACAGGAACUGCAGCUUCAUUACUUCAAAAUGCAUGAUUAUGAUGGCAAUAAUUUGUUAGAUGGGUUAGAACUUGCUACUGCUAUAUCACACGUCCACAAAGAGGAAGGUGGUGAGCAUACCCAGGCAAUGAAAGAAGAGGAGCUGAUUAGUCUAAUAGAUGAUGUCUUAAGAGACGAUGACAAGAACAACGAUGGAUACAUUGACUAUGCAGAAUUUGCAAAAUCACUGGAAUAGGGUUUUGCAGGUGGCUUGUUUCCCCUUCUGACUACAUAGAAAUGUGAACCAGUCUAAUGUGAUUCAUACUGUCUCAUAUCAACCUCUGCGCUGUGAGAAGGAGAGGUGGACCAGUUCCAGAUGAAUUUAUUUGAAAGUUGUGUGUGUUAAGAGAUUGGCUGACUCAGAGCAAGAGCCAUGUUUGACUUUGAAUCUUCAUCUUUGAUGUUUUGAAUUGAAGCAUCAACAGUACUCACAUAGGGUGCCACUGGCAAACUCUUAAGUAGCUGUGUAUGAAUACUAAGGAGAUCACAUACAAUCUUAAGUUUAUAUUUUUGUGUCAUUGGGUUAUAUAGUACUUUCUUGCUUACAUCUUCCAUUUAAACUUACUAAAUGCCCAGUAAGCAAGAGAGGAUUAUUGCGUAUAGUUGUAUUUCAAGGACAAAUGUUUUUACGUUCCCGCUGUUUCAAAGGAAGUUUGCCCAUAAGUACAGGUGCUUGAAACAGCAAUUUUAGAGGAAAAGUGAAUGUCAUUUCUAUUUGAGGUCCACAUGAUACCUAUGGACUUCUAACACAGUCUUUGAAGAAAUUCAGUAUU